AAAAGGCUUCUACGAGGCAAUUGAAGCUCAAUAGCUUGAAAACCCCCAAAACCUCCCCAAGAACCGAGUUUCGUCUUUUUAUCUUUUUCCUUCUUCCAUGGCGUCAGCAGCUGGAGCAACAGCACCAACGAGAGCGGAGGUCCUGGCGCUCUUCCGUUCUCUACUGCGAACGGCACGUCGUUUCAGCGACUACAACAUCAGAGAGUACACGAAGCGCCGUACCAUCGAUGCGUUCCGGCAUAACCAGAAUCUCUCCGACGCUGCUUCCGUUUCCACAGCAUAUUCCGACGGCAAGACCCAGUUGGAGAUUGCCCAGAGGCAGGCCGUCGUUUACCAGCUUUAUGCUCCCAAAAUCAGGAGCGUCAUGGACAUCAAACCCAUCCUUCGUUCCUGAAAACCAUCCAAUCAAAUUUCCCACCGCGAGAUUGACAUUUCGGGUACCGCUUCUUGUUAUUCUUGAUUGGGUUUCGGAUUUUUCCGUUUUGUUUUCUAUGUAAUUUUAAAGAGAAAUUGAGGAUUGCUUACAGUUUGUACUCAUAAAUAAUUUAUAAUUUAAUGCUAAUUUAUUUACCCA